GCGGCGGCGGUCGGAGCGCGGCGAGGCGCGGAGAUGUCCGCCCCGUACGGCAGCCUGAUGCGGUACCUGUUCCCAGCCCUGCUACUGCACGGGCUGGGAGAAGGUUCUGCUCUUCUUCACCCAGACAGCAGGUCCCACCCUCGGUCCUUGGAGAAGAGUGCGUGGAGGGCUUUCAAGGAGUCACAGUGUCAUCACAUGCUGAAACACCUUCACAAUGGAGCUCGGAUCACUGUGCAGAUGCCUCCCAAUAUUGAGGGCCACUGGGUCUCUACUGGCUGCGAAGUUAGAGCAGGCCCAGAGUUCAUCACAAGAUCUUACAGGUUCUACCACAAUAAUACUUUCAAGGCCUACCAGUUCUAUUAUGGUGGCAAUCGCUGCACAAACCCCAUCUACACAUUAGUUAUACGUGGCAAAAUACGCCUCCGACAGGCGUCCUGGAUCAUCCGAGGGGGCACGGAAGCUGACUAUCAGCUGCGCAACGUACAGAUCAUAUGCCACAACGAAGCAGUAGCCAAAAGAUUGGGUGAGUUGGUGAACCACACGUGUCCUGGAUUUAUCCCAGAAGACAGUCCCUGGGAGCAGGAUGUGAGCUACGAUUUGCUGAGGGAAGAGAAUGGCUGUGAAUGCACCAAAGCUCUGAAUUUUGCCAUGCACGAACUCCAGCUGAUCCGUGUGGAGAAGCAGUACCUGCACCACAAUUUAGACCACCUUGUGGAGGAGCUAUUCCUCGGAGACAUUCACACUGAUGCUGCUCAGAGGAGGUACUAUCGGCCCUCUAGUUAUCAACCUCCCCUUCAAAAUGCCAAGAACCACGACCGCACGUGCAUCGCGUGCAGAAUCAUCUACCGGUCGGACGAGCACCACCCUCCCAUCUUGCCCCCCAAGGCGGAUCUGACCAUAGGGCUGCACGGCGAGUGGGUGAGCCAGCGCUGCGAGGUGCGGCCAGAGGUCCUCUUCCUCACCCGGCACUUCAUCUUCCACGACAACAACAACACCUGGGAGGGUCACUACUACCACUACUCCGACCCCAUCUGCAAGCACCCCACCUUCACCAUCUACGCCAAGGGACGCUACAGCCGGGGAGUCCACUCCUCCAAAGUGAUGGGUGGCACGGAGUUUGUGUUCAAAGUGAAUCACAUGAAGGUCACUCCAAUGGACAUAUCCACAGCCUCGCUGCUCAACGUCUUCAACGGGAACGAGUGCGGAGCACAGGGAUCCUGGCAAGUUGGGGUUCAGCAAGAUGUCACCCACACGAACGGCUGCAUCGCGCUUGGCAUCCGCCUCCCUCACACCGAGUACGAGAUCUUCAAAAUGGAGCAGGAUGCCCGAGGCAGGUACUUGCUGUACAACGGGCAGAGGCCGAGCGACGGCUCCAGCCCUGACCGACCGGAGAAGAGAGCCACUUCCUACCAGACGCCUCUAGUUCAGUGCGCCUCGUCAGUACCCAGAUCCGAGGAGUCAUCAGAGGAGAACAAAAUAAGGCUGUAUAGCAGCAGGGCACCGGAAAAAUAUCCCAGCGCCCCAGCUCUUGCUUUGUUGUUUAUUUGUACUGUGUCAUAUUGGGACAUUCUCAGCUAGAAGUGGAAACAACUUAUUUUUCGUGACUACAAAGCCAGGAUUCCGCCAGACUGGGGGUUGUUUUUCUUCCAAAAGAAAGGGACGUUUAUUUUCUUGAUGCACUUGAAUGCCUGAGAACUGUUGUUCUUUUCCUUACUUCCCUCUUCCUCCUCGAAUCCCGAACGGCACUCGUUUGAUGUUUGUGCUUUGAACUUCAUCCAGUCUGAUCCCUGGCCUGACAUGACUGCACAAAAGUAAUUGCACUUUAGGACUGCAGACUUCUUGGGGGAGGGAGGGGGUCUCCUUUUAUUUUAUUUUUCUUUUAACUGCUGGGAUGAGCAUUUAUGAUCCUGCUUCAGUCGUCUCUGCCAUCCUACCACUGUGGUGCUCUUCUCCCCAGCACCCGGGUUCUCAUCAGAAUGUAGCUCUCGGGAAAGGCUCGGUGUUGUGCCAGUACUGUGAUAGCAGCUUCCCCCUCUGACUUCACAGCUCUGAUGUAGAUAUGUAUAUAAGGAGGAAACCCACAAAGAUUUAUCUUGCCAUUAUCUUACAGCUCGUAACACAAAAAGAAUCAGCAGAUCAACAGCCCUCCAUUCCAAAAGUGCUAAAUGGUUAACACCUCUAAUUAAAAAAAAAAAAAAAAAAGAAUAGUCCAAAUAAUUUAAGCUAUUUUUACAAUCAUUAAGUUGUAAAAAUAAUCAGUGGUUUAAUAUCUUCUCAUUCAGUUUUGUUAGUUGUGUAAUUGCUUGGAGGCCUCCCUUUGUAACUAGCAAGCAGUUACAACCAAGCCCCCUCAAAGCCAGCCAGCAGCAGCUUUUGUUCUAUUGGUUGCACACAGUGCAGGUAAGAUGCCAGAACAAGGCUGCAGGGACAGCUUCUGUUUUCGUAUUCCUGAGGCCUUACUCUGCAUGCUCUGUGUGCAGUAUUUGUGUCAGCCAGGUGGGCAAAGUAAAGAAGCAAGUGGGAUUAAUAUGUUCUGCAAACCUACUUAGCAGUAUAUUUUUAGUGAUGUGACCUCAUGUAGGAACAGGGAAAAGAGCUGCAGCAGCAAGCACUCUGUGGCCCUUAGGAGAGCAAGAGGGCAGCUGGAAACUGACCCAGAGAGGGAGGGGAAAGAGAUGCCCAAAUGCAGUCACAUCCUCCCUUUUCUCCUUGCUGAACUGUCCCAACACAUACCUGGUUUCAUAGAGCUUAAAUCAGCAUUGGGGAGACAUUGCUGGGAAAUAGGAU